AUCAAGUCGGCCACAAAAUAAACGGCAUGCAAACGGGCGCCGAUCGACGGUGAUCGGAUUCUGCGACAGACUGGCUCAUAUUCGAACGAGCCGAAUAUCUCGUGGGUCCACCACCGCGGGUCUGAGUCAUGCUGCCGCUGAAGGAGAAGGACAAACCCAUCGUCCAGAAGCUGCUGUCAUCCGGCUGCUGCGCCCGCUGCGUCCUCAGGUUCUGCUGCGUCAGCGUCCAGGCCGCCUACAGACGACCCCAACAGGACACACUUAAAGAACUUCAAGCUUUCAUCAGCGAUGCAGAGGACAACAAAUCAAGAGAUUCAACUGCGGCCGAAACCACAGAAGAAAACAACAACGACGCAGCAGAAUCAGAACCACCGAGUAAGAGGGUGAAACUGGAGCCCAGUGGGACCGACGCCCCAUCAGAGAGAGCUGCUGCUGCUGGUCCUGGUCCUGGUGAUGCUGCCGCGGUCAAACCGAAGGAUGAAGAGCCACGUGUGUGUGUGGUGUGUUUGGGGAUUUUACAGGAUCUCUGUGGCCCGACCCCGGCCGUAAAGAUAGCGGAGAAGGUGAAGGCAGAAAAGUACGAGUUCGACACCCUGGUGCUGUCUGUGUCUCUGCCCGCUCAGCUGUGUGUCCGCGAGCACUCCUGUUGGCUUCAUGUAAAGAAGGACAUGAGAGAGAAGCAGAUCAUGGCGGUCGCCAAGCUCACAUCGCCAGUGAAGAGGCUUUAAAGUGGUCUGCAGGGCCUGGUCGCCAAGGAGCUGGGGGGCGUUGCUGUGGUUACCAGGAGUCCGUUCGAGGUCGGCGUGGUGUUCACUCACCCGGAGACGGACGUCGACUGCCACUUCCUAGCAUCGACAUGCGCCGACUGCUUCAAACCCACCAAGAACAAACAGUCAGUGUUCACCAGGAUGGCCGUGGUCAAAGCUCUGGAAAAGAUAGCUGAUGUCAAAUUCCUCAAACAUUAUGCUUCACCACCAGAGCAGCUGACCAGCAGCUGCAGCCUCCAGGACAUCCAGUGUGGCCACGCAUCUGUCUUCGUAGCAGGCAGGUACAACAAGUUCUGCCGCAGUCUUCCUCAGACGCCCUGGGUGAUCGACGGAGAGCGGAGGAUGGAGUCGUCGGUGGAGGAGCUGAUCGCGGCGCCCCUCCUGUCUUCCUUCAGAGCCGACGGGUUUAAUUUCUCCUCUUCUGGCCGGGAGGACGUGGACGUCCGGACUCUUGGAAACGGUCGUCCGUUUGCGAUGGAGCUGCUGAAUCCUCACAGAACCCGACUCAGCAGAAUGGAGAUGAAGCAGCUGCAAGAGACCAUCAACAAGUCUUCGGAUAAAAUCCGAGUGAGGGACCUGCAGAUUGUUUCCAGGGAGGCCAUGAGCCGGAUGAAGGAGGGCGAGGAGGAGAAAACCAAGACGUACACGGCGCUCGUCUGGACCCAGAAACCCAUUCAGAGCGAAGACAUCGCCUUCAUCGACGACAUCAAGGAUCUGACUCUGGACCAGAAGACCCCUCUGAGGGUUUUGCACCGGCGGCCGCUGGCGGUCCGCCAGCGCGUCGUCCACACUAUGAACACCCGCUUCCUGGACUCGCAUCACUUCUACCUGGGGCUGAAGACACAGGCCGGCACCUACAUCAAAGAGUUCGUCCACGGAGACUUUGGGCGCACCAAGCCCAACCUGUGCGUCCUGCUGAAGACGGACGCCGACAUCCUGGAGCUGGACGUGGAGUCCGUGUACGUGGACUGGCCUCCUCCAGUACAGGGAUGCCGGCCGCCGCCUGGUCCCGUUUCUGAGACCACGGGUUUGAUCCCCAUGACGCUAGCUGGUCCCCUGGUUCUGGGGCGCUACACGAACAGGGACCAUGGUUCCAGUGUCUGACACAACAUGCCGGUGGAUGGAGGUGAAGAGGAAACCUCCGUCACCCAGUCCUGCCGGCUGCUCUCUUAGUUGCUGAUUGUCCUUUUUGACUCCAUCAGUUGAAUCCCAAAAAAAUGUUCCAAUAACUUUCUAUGGUGAUAAUUAUUUAAGUUCUUAAAUAUGGCAAUGCAGGCAUUAACUUACUGAAUCUACAUACAUGACAAAAGUGUAGUAAACAGUUUGUUUUGUUUGCUUUCCACUAGUC